AUGGGCUCAAUGCAAACAACUCAUAAUCAUCGAAAACGUUAUCGAGCUCCGUCGGCAACAAAAUCAGUAGAUAAUAAUACAAAACAUAAACGUGUUGAUCGUUUUCGCACAACAAUUCGUAGUAUAACACUUCGAGCACUAGCUGCUCGAAAUAAUCACAAUUCUGUGUCGUCAUCGAACAAUUCAACUAUAAAUAAUAGUUCAUUCACCUCACCACAUACGAUUACAAGCAUUACUUCAAAUACGGACACAGAUCCUUAUUUGAGUGAUUUUGAUUAUCGAAAAUUAUCAACAUUAACUGGUUUAUCAGAAUCGAAAAUCAAUGAGCUACAUAGAGAAUUUCUAAUUCUCUCAAAUAAUGGUCAAUUAUCUUAUGAACGUUACAAAGGACUACUUGAAGCUGUACCAGAACAACGUUCAGCAGCACAACUUGACAAAUUAGCAAGACAAACAUUUGCAUUGUUUGAUAAAGAUGGAAAUAAUUAUUUAGAUUUUGCAGAAUUUAUCGCUGCUUAUAUAGCCAUGGAAAAGAAUGAACUUGAUCUAUACGAUACAUCGUUCGCCAAACAAUCGCCAUUGUCACCGAUAAAUUCGACAAUUACUUCUCUUACACGGCCAGCAACAAAAUAUUAUUCUUCAAAUAGAACUAUGGCUAAUACAUCACCAAUAACACCACCUCAUACAGCAUAUCUUUCAACUAAUUAUACAUCCUAUCAUCCCGAAUCAUCACAACAAUAUCUCUAUGUUUCUCCGCAAUAUACAGUCAGACAAAACACACGAUUUUAA